AUGCAGGGCAUUCAAGUGGAGACAACCAAAAAAGCCAUGGGAAAUCUGAGAAAGGAGAUGGCUGAGGAGAUUCUCAGAAUGAGUGUGUCAGACUUCUGUUCGCUGUGUGGGCUCCAAAACUCAGCAACUGGAGUUACUUGGAUUCAGUGUGACAAUUGCCAGGGAUGGUUCCACAUUGAGUGCGUAGCAAUGGCCCAAGAGGACAUCCCGGACCAAAAAAUGGAAUGGAAGUGUCAGUGGUGUUGA